AUGUACGCUUGCUUCUCAUCGCUCCACGUGCACCCCUUCGGAGGCCUGCCCCUGGGUUUGGCCCCCGGCUUCUUCUGGGCGGGCUUGGAAUUCUUGCUGCCCAACGGGCGGCCGCGCUUCUUCUUCUCCACGCCGCUGUCCGUUGCAGCCGCCGCCUUCUUCGGCGGCGCUUUCUUCGCUGGCUUCGCCAUCCCGACCGGUACUAAGCACAUCCUUCUCUCGCUGCUGGCUGUCCACACAGCCAGACCUAGACACCUGCCCACACAUCGGAUCAUUGCCCCCUCUGUGCCCAUCGCCCCACUGGCCCCUUCCCCACGGCCCUCGCUUCGCCCUGCACAGAGCCUCCCCGACGGAAUGAAGAAACACCAGGGGCCCCAGCCCCGCCAGCCGGGGCCGCGCCCCUCGGCUCAUCGCCCUCCGCAGCCCGCGCCGUCGCCGUCUGGCACCCACGUGUUUGAGGUGAGCGGCAAGAGGGUGCAGCACGGCCACGGCAGCGCCGCCGAUGACAAGCGCCUCGCCAAGAAUCUGGAGUGCCAGCGCGAUACCACCUGCCCGCAGCCCGUGACGGAGGACUUCAUCGACUUGCUGAUCUCGCAGCAGCUCACCGCCGACGCGAUCCAGCGCGAAGGCGAGCGUGCCGCCGCUGCGGCGUCGGCGCGGCACCCGCUCAUGCAGCAUCAGCCGGCGCCAUCUCCGGCUGAGCUCGAGGCUGUGGCCGAGCGAGCGCGGACGGCGCUGCGCUUCGCCAAGAUUGGCGUGCUGUCGCAGCGCGAGCGCCACGCCUUCAACCUGCUCCAGGCUCGCCUCUUUGCGCGUCACCAUCGCCGGCCGCUCUUCUGGUGGAAGCAGCCGCUCGUGGGCGUCGCCGCCAGCUACCUCACCGAGACGGAGACCGAGCGGGCCUACCUCGAGGAGCGCGCCGGCCUAUGCUUCCACUUUGUAGAGGGCGCGCCCGCGAGCAUCACCUCCAACAUCGAGACGGGGCGCGGUCUCGUCAACGGCUGCGACGCCGAGUUGCACUCGCUCACGCUCGCUGGAGACACCACACUCGACAACUGCCUCGCCAACACGGUGUGGAACGACCAGUACGGCAUCUGGGAGGUGCAGAUCGAGCCGCCGCUCUCCGUCAACGCGAUCCCCGACGUGUCCGACGAGGCGCGACAGACGCUGCUGGCGCGUGGCGCGUCCCUCUUCGAUGAGGAGCUCGUCGUGCCAGUGCUGGUUGGCAAGGCGUCGGCAACGUACGCGCCGACGAGCUCGUGGGCGGCGCGGGUGGGCGUGCCCAAGGAGCUGCGCAUCAACAAGCACCAGAUCGAUCUGGCGUUCGCCGUGACAGACUACAAGGUGCAAGGCAAGACGCUCGAUUACUUCAUCGUGAGCCUCGGCAAGCGCGGCGCCGGCGUCUACCCGAAGCUCAAGCUGGUCGACUUGCACGUGCUCGUCUCGCGAGUUCGCCUUGGUGCUCGCCUCUUCGUGAUCGGCCUUAACCCCGACGACGUGGACCACCUGCGCCAGCUACGGCCGUCGGAGGUGCUGGGCAUCUGGGAGCACGGCUACAACCAGAUCACGGAGAUGUGGGAGCCGGAGCUCGCGGCCGCCUACGCCGCGGAGCGCGUCGCAUCGCGGCGGGCCGCCGAGGCCAAGGGCCGCAAGCGAAAGCGGCCCGCCGGCGCGUGA